GUUACGAAAUUUGUAUACACGUGUGUGAUUAUCAUAUGGAAUUUUUAUCCAAAAACCGAUGAUUAUCUGAUGAUGGAUUCAUCUAAACCACCUUCAUCAUAUCUGACAUUGUUAGAUGAAAUUUCACUCGAAGGUCUUCGUGGUUUAACAUUUCCAUCGCUUUGGAUUCGAUUAAAUGAUCGUGAUCGUUAUCUAGCUUCAUUGAAUAAACCUACUGUUUUCGGAUUUGAUAAUUCAAAUGAGUUAUCAAAGCUCAAAGAUUUUGUGCUAAAUGUUUGUCUAAAAGAGUCUGAAAAAGGAAAUAUUCAAUUUUAUAAAACAAAAAAUGCCCAACCUACGGUUCAGAUCUAUGAUCGAAAUCAAUUUGUCGGACAACAAACUGGUACCUUAUUGAUUGAUGAUUCACAAGUACCGGAUGAUCUCUACCCACCAGUAGUCGGUGUUAAACCUACUUCGGAUGGUUCGAAUUCAGACCUGGAUACGAUACUCGGUUCUUGUGAAGACUAUCAUAGCCGAAUAAAUAUUACUGAUGAAAUUCUCAACAAUCGUCCGGAAAAUUUUCAUCAUUUCGAAACUAAAUAUGAAGAUCAAAUAACUCAAAUUGUUUUGGUUGCAUCACAAAAGCUUCGGGCAAUUGCAUUGUUUGGCGCAGAUCGUUGGUCUGAAUAUGAUCGAUUGAAGCCUGAAUGUUAUCUGAUUCUCGAAUCGAUUGGCCUAAAACGUUGGUAUGGUGAGAUAAACUUUGGCAAAGAAACACCUCAAUAUCUUGAUUCGAAAAUUCGUACGUCUUUCUAUUAUUUUCGUAAAAUUCUCACCGAAGAACGAUUGAUAUUGACCACAACUAGCGCACUGUUCAAAGCCAAACGACAACAGAUUACGCAAGCAAUCGUUGCUUAUUUGCCUCGAUUUCGUCCGAUAAUGUCCAAUCCAAACGAUUCAAAAAUGAUUGCUCUUUCACAUUUGUUUAUACAAACUGGUCGUAAUCGCUUACCUCUUAAAAAUGAUGUUGUUCGUGAAUUUUUUACCCAACAUUUUCAAAUGAAAAAUUGUGCUCCAUUAAAAUUGCUUCGAAGAAUUAUGGAAAGAUACUCUGCUUUUUUCCGUAUUUAUGAAGAUGAUCAAGACGAUGGAAUAGGAAUCGAAUAUCUAAGAUUGCUGGACAAGCAUCCAUUACAUUAUGAUGACUUUUUUCGAAUGGUAUCCAGCACUAUUGUUCAAAAUGAUCAGGAUCGAAAUUUAGACAAUGGUGAUGGUGACGGUGAUGAUGAUAUUGAUGAUGAUAACGAUAAUGAAGAUGAUGACGGUCUUAAUGUCAAUAUGCAUGAUGGCAAUGUACUCAUAGAUAUGGAAGAUGAUGAAUUUGACGAUAACGAUGAAGAUUCAGAAGUCUUUGAGCAAUCACAAACAAAACUGUUACAACAAUCUUGUUUAGAUAAAUUAUUUGAUGAUUACGGUAUCGAUAUUGCUAAUGCUGAAGAUGAUCCAUUCGUUGCGGUCAAGUUGGAUACAAAUUUUGAUUAUAAUGCAUUUUUCAAUAGACGGAAAUUCGAACCUUUUAAAGCUUUGACAGAAUAUCCGGAUUCGAAAGCAAGCGACAGCAUUGUUUCGAUUUUUGAUGACGCUGAUCAAAAUCUAAUUCAUGUUCCUACCAUUCAAGAAGUAACGCAAAACUAUUCAAAACCACUAGCCAUGCACAUCCACGAUCGCCUAAUUCAACGUAAUUUUCUUACUUCUAAUCAUCCAUAUCAUUCUGUUACAUCUUGCCAUUCCGGAGAAAAACUAAACUUAUCGUUAGCACGAUUACAACAAUUACCUCGUUAUCUGGAUGAUCGUAUACAGAAUCUUCUGGCAAUAUGUGGUCCAUGUUCAAAAAAGAAAUUGGCUAAUAUUUUUGAUUUACCUAUCAGCACUAUACGUUUAAUGUUAAAAGGUCUGAAAGAAUCUGGCGACAUUACAUUUACUGUUAAACGAAUAGGUCGACAAUUUUUACACAUGUUUCAAUCAAACAUUUCGACUAUUGUUCAAAAUCCUCAAUCAACUAUCGUAGAUGUUGCAUAUCAAAAAAGAAUGACACUCGUUUUAGAAUAUAUAAAACGAUUAGGUAUUUGUGAUAGUUUUAUGUGGAUUCGUCGAUAUAUCGUAAAUUGUGAAAAUCCUGGUCAACAACAACGACUUUUUUCCGCACAAUGUGAUGUAAAAUCUAUUAUAAGAAUAUUGAAUCAUUUGGUUGACAUUGGUCGUGUACAUUUAUUUCAUUAUGAACUUGAUUAUAAACAAAAUUAUCGCAAUAGCUAUUAUGUUAUUUAUACAGCCGAUGGUCAAAAUCACCAUUUAGAUCGAGAACUAGAACAGCAUCUUAUUCUUCGUUCUCGAUUUACUUGGUUUGCACGUUAUCCAAUCAAUUUGAAUACCGAUGUGAAAUGUGUUGAUUUGAUUGGUUCCGAUAAAUCAGGAAAAAUAGAUUUCCAAACUGCUGUUUCUCGAUUCUUUUCCACUAGUCAACGUUUUGUGGAUAAAAAAGAAGAACAAAAACAAAUUGAAAACAAUGAUAGCAUAGAUGAUUUAAUCCCAAAUACGCGGCUUGCUUAUUGUCCAGCAUCAUCGGCUUAUCUAUAUGGUUGUCGCCAUUCAAAACUAGAUAAAAUGUUCGAUCUUUAUCGAUUUCUAUUUCAUGUUUUAAUCGAUCAAUCAUCAGUUGAUUCAUGUCAAGUCCAAGAUGAAAAUGAACAUGAUAAUGAUCUAGACUGGCAGAAACGUGUUCCUAAACUAACAUUUUUACAAGCAAGUUUUUCUCCAUUAGACAUAUUGCCCUAUAUUCCUUUGUCUGUAUAUCGAAAUCUGGUCACCAUACGAUUCGAAAUACCUGAACUUGAUUCCUAUUUGAAUGAUCCAAGUAAGCGACAUCUAAUGUUGCAAGAAAUUCCACCCGUCAUGCGAUCUCAUCUAUUACAUAAUCGUCGCUCACCACUCGAUAUACAGGAAUCAUUACAGUCAUUACAUCAAAUGGGUCUCAUAAAUUUAUUGCUUUCCGACGAUAAAGCUCAACAAUUUGAUAAAAAAUUCAUACAUCGAUUUCGUUAUCGAUUAAACAGAUUUAUAUUGGUCAGAAAAUAUCAGUUUUUGGAACAAGAUAUCGAUACAAUGGCGGAUGAAGAACCAACAAUGGUUGAAUAUUAUUUUAAUAAAAUAGCCGAUUUCGAUCGUUUUGUCGAUGUUGUAUACGAUCAUUUGUGUCAACAACCCCUAAAACCUUGUAAUAAAUGUUUAUUUGAUGAUGGACGAAUUGAUAUCCAUGCUUUGUAUAAUCCUCAAUCAUCAAAACAUCAUAGACUAGCAUUAGAACGACAAAAUAUUCGCGAACAACAAUCACAUAAACGUAAACGAAAACAAGAUUUGCGUCCAUUGAAAAAUAAACGAAUAAAAGUUCAGGUAAUGAUUGAUGGGAAACCAGUUGAAAGAAUUCGGAAAAAAGUUAUCGAUACAGUUGAUGAACAACAAAUGGAAGUAGCAGAUUCAUUACGAAUUCAAUGGUCACGUGAAGAAGAUCGUUUUAUUCUUCGUUGUCGGCUAUUGUCCGAAUUACUGGACGUACCUUAUACACGUCGAUUUAUUAUACAUUCACAGAAAAUUAGUGAUUUAAUGCUUCAAUAUUGUGGUCCACAAUCAAAAGAUAAAACGGCAGGUGCAUGUAUUCGACGUAUUGUACGGCUGAUUAGUCAACCACACAUCAAACGAAUAUUAUCCAUAUGCAAAAUGGAAUUGGUUUCAAAUCUAACUUGUCUUCAUUCGGAUUCGGAUGAAAAUCAACAGAAAAGUUGUGAAAAAGAUCGAUUCAUACGCUUUUUACCCGAAAUUAUGUCCUAUAAAUUUCGUAAUACUGAAUAUUUUAUGACCAAAGAUGAUAUUCGAUCACAAUCACAAACACAAUUCGAUAUUCAUUUUGAUGAACAAAUUACAAUCGAAGAACUAUUAUCUCGUUAUGAUAUUAUCGAUCCGGAAAGUGAUGAAAGUAAAGAUUAUUAUCUUGAUCCAAAAAAUUAUUAUGAUAUUCAUGGUUAUGUUAUUACUAAUGUUUUGAUAUCAUCAUUAUUUUCAUUUCAUAUUCAUCAUCAUCGUGAACCAUUACGAAACAAAGAUGAACAAUUAUUUUUUCAACGUUUACAACCAAAAUCAAAAUAUCUACGAAGAUUCUAUUUACGAACAAUAUUUCGUGCAGCAUUACGUCGUUAUCCGGAAACAUUAAUGAAAUUAAUUCUUAAACGUUUAGUACGAUAUCGUUUAUUGAGUAAUAAUAAAAAACUUAAAGGCAAUGAUCGAAGAUUAUUUCCAUGUGGAUAUAAAUUAGCACAACAAUUUUAUCGGCCAUUAUUGGUUAAUCAUCGAAAUUAUCAACUCAAAGUUGAAUGUCAACAACAUCCAACAACCAAUAUUACAAUUGUUGAAGAUAAUAAUACUUUUGUCGGUUCUAUGCAAUUUGCUGAAAAUCUUUGCAUUAAUACUCUUAGUUUAAAUGAUCCACAAGCUGUAUCAUUAUCAUCAUCAUCAUCGAUACAAUUGACAAAAGAUAUUAAUCAAUGGCAAUUUGGUGAUCUAUUGCCACCACGUUUAUUAGAAACGAUUGAUUUUCAUAUCGAAAUUCCUGAUAAUUUUAUUGCCUUUACUCGUGGAUCGAUUGAUCAAAGUCGAUUACCAGCUAAAACUAAUGCUAGAGGUAUGCUUAUGAUGAAUCGUUCAUCAAAUCAAUCGAUGCAAUCAACAACAGAAAAUAAAGAAACAGUAUCAUCAUCAUCAUCAUCAUUGAUCGAUGAAAUGUCAGUGAUUCAUUGUCGUGUAAAGAUUGAACAAAAAUCGGCUAAUCCACCGGUCAAUCGUAUUAUAUUAUUCGAAAAAUUUCUUUAUCGAUUCACUAUUCAAUCACAAAUAUUUGAUGAACAAGAUAUUCCAUUAAGAUCAAUGAUGAAGCCAGAUGAAUCGAUUCCAUUGAAUCUUAUAAAACGAUAUGAAGAAAAUGUUUGUACCAUUUUAAAUAUGAACGAACAUCAUUCUAAUCUUAAAGAUUUAUUACAAUUUAUACGAUCAAAAAAAGAAUUGGGUGCCAAUUUCAUUCAGAUUAACAAUUUUUUAUCAAUAACUGAUGAUGCUUUGGAAAAAGAGAUACUCAUCGAUUUUCUUUAUGAAUGUCAAAAACAUAAAUUAUUGUUUGCCGUGGGCGUACGAACAUUAACCUGGGUACAUUGUGAUCAUAUUCGUUUCUGGUUGGUAAGAUCAUUUCGUAAUCUAGAUUUUAAUGUAGAUCGUCUAAUCGCAUUGGACCGAUGUCAAUUGAAACAUUUAAAAAAAUGUUAUUUUCUACCACGUAUGUGGAAAUAUCCAGAUGGUCAUGUUGAUGUACGAACAUUAUUCGUUUUUUUAAGUGCCAUAAUCGAUUAUCUGGCUACCGAUUCGAAUGCAUCAAUUGGAGCGAAUGUUUCACAAUUGGAAAAUCAUUUUCAACGACAUUUACCGCCUGUUCAAUUGCAAGAACUUUUGGAUGCUUUAGUUUUUAUUGAUUGUAUUCGAAAAUCAUCACCAUUAUCUUCGACGAUGACAACAACAAAUCAACCUAAAAUCAAUUCUAUUAAUACUUUGGAUGAUUUUUUUCGUCCAAAUCGAUCACCAUCAUCAUCAUUGUUAAUAACCAACAACAUAAAAAAUGACAUAAUGUAUGAAUCAAAUAUUGAUGCUUAUUCUCGUCUUACAUCAUUAUAUCAGAUAAUGAUACGACUAUAUCCACCAUUUCCACAGGAUGAUUUUUGAUUAUUUCCGUUAUUAGAAUGACAUAUGGAAAUGUGGAUGUUGGGUGCGUUUUUUUUGCUUUGAUUGUAAAAUAACA